AUACCCAUCAUUUCAAAUUCUUGUUCAACCCCACAAAUAUAAAACACGUCUAUAAAUCACACAUUAAAUUAACCCAACUCUGAAAUCCCACUUUUAGGCAAUCCUAAAUUUACAAGGUCACCUUCCUGUAUUUCUGUUACUCCUCCCAAUUCUCAGCCACAAGAAAUAACUCCAAAUUUUCUCUCUUUUCUCACACCAAAAUUCUUGUAAUAUUUGUCCCUUUUUCUCAUCUUCUCCCCCCCGCCAUAGAUCCCUUCAACCCUGCCUCUUUAGGCACGGUUGAGUUUCUCUUUUUUGUUUCUCAACUCAUUUUCUUCUUCUUCUUCUCUCUCUCUGUCUCUCUGUUUUUCCUCUGUUUCUCUUCUUCUCCUCAACAAUGGAGAAAAAGGGAAGUAUUUUAAUGCAAAGAUACGAACUUGGUAGAAUGCUUGGACAAGGCACAUUUGCUAAAGUCUACCAUGCUCGUAAUCUCAAGUCUGGCCAGAGUGUGGCUAUUAAGAUCAUUGAUAAAGAGAAAGUUCUACGUGUUGGGUUGAUCGACCAAAUCAAAAGGGAAAUCUCUGUGAUGCGGCUUGUUCGUCAUCCUAAUGUGGUGCAACUUUAUGAGGUUAUGGCCAGCAGGACCAAAAUCUAUUUUGCUAUGGAGUAUGUUAAAGGUGGGGAGCUUUUCAAUAAAGUGGCUAAAGGAAAGCUCAAGGAAGAUGCGGCUCGUAAGUAUUUUCAACAGCUUAUUGGUGCUGUUGAUUAUUGCCAUAGUCGUGGUGUGUAUCAUAGAGAUAUUAAACCUGAAAAUCUCCUUCUUGAUGAGUAUGGGAAUCUUAAGAUUUCGGAUUUUGGGUUGAGUGCUUUGGCUGAAUCUAGAAGACAAGAUGGGCUUCUUCAUACAACUUGUGGUACCCCUGCUUAUGUUGCCCCUGAAGUCAUCAACAAGAAAGGUUACGACGGUGCUAAAGCUGAUAUUUGGUCAUCUGGGGUUGUCCUGUUUGUUCUUCUUGCUGGUUAUCUCCCUUUCCACGAUCCAAAUCUAAUGGAAAUGUACAGAAAAAUCUCAAGAGGAGAAUUCAAAUGCCCUCAAUGGUUUCCCCCAGAAGUUCGAAAGCUUCUUUCAAGAAUCCUGGACCCAAGUCCUCACACCAGAAUAAACAUGGCCAAACUCAUGGAAAAUUCCUGGUUCAAGAAAGGUUUCAAAGCAAAUGUAACAACUCCAAAACAACUUCAAAACAAUGAAGACAUGUCGUCCGUGAGCGACGUUCAUUCCGCUUUCCUCGACAUUAGUUCGGAAGGAGGAAGUUCUGUUAGCAACACCAAUGAGAGUGGAAAACCACCAACAGCUACUAGAGCUCCAAUAAGAAAUAAUUCCUUCAAUGCAUUUGACAUCAUAUCUCUCUCACCAGGCUUUGAUCUCUCAGGUCUAUUUGAGAGUGAUGUGAGUGAAAGACCACAGUCUCGUUUCACAACGAAGAAACCGGCUUCAGCUAUCGUGUCAAAGUUCGAAGAGAUAGCGGAAAUGGAAAGGUUUCAGGUAUUGAAGAAAGAUGGGAUUGUGAAACUACAAGGGAGCAAACAGGGGAGGAAAGGACAAUUGGCUAUAGAUGCUGAGAUAUUUGAAGUAACACCUUCUUUUUUUGUGGUGGAAGUGAAGAAAACUGCUGGAGAUACAUUGGAAUAUAGGCAGUUUUAUGACAAAGAUAUGAGACCUUGCCUUAAAGAUAUUGUAUGGACUUGGGAAGGAAAUGAGCAGCAGCAGCAACAACCACAAAUUGUUUAGUUCUCUAUUUUAGAAAUUAAUAUUAGAAAAAAGAAGUAAGCUGCUGUUCUUAUCAAUCUUUAAAUAUAUAACUGCUUUUUUUUUUUUUU